GUGCUGGGAAAUGAUAGUGGACCGGUGGUGCUCGCAAGAGUGGGUGGAGAUGCACGAGGCUGCCCGGCAGCGACGUUUGCUGAUGCCAGGUGCAUCGCACCAUCAGGGCAACCGUAACCUCAAGGCGUACGUGGCUAGAUAUUCGGCGUCACAUGGUGGUGUGCCUUGCACCCAAGUCCAGGCAUACUGUUUGGCCCACAAAGGAAAGGCGACGUCCGAUGUCACCUUCAACCCGCAGGAUCCGCCCGAAGUGUACAGCAACGCAAGCGUCCACAGCCGCCUCAGUGGGUACACCUCGAUGGCACAAGAAGUUCAUGGGCCAGAGUUUGAUGCGAUCAAUGAGCCCAUUGAUGGAGAAGUCGUCAUGAGGGCGGGAGGAGGCAAGAAGCAUGGACGGUACUGGUUUGGCGACAGCUUAGUCGACACGGCGACUACUCCCACUCUCUCACAUAUUCGAGCCAGGAGUACCAGCUCAAGCCCUGCCAUACGCCCACGGCCAGACACUACACAGACUCAGAUUGAGGCUGUCAAGGCCCAGAUGGAAGCAGCCUUCCAAGCACGGCAGGAGGCGGCAGAGGAGAGGUGGAGGGCCGAGCGGGACGACAUCCAGCAAAAAUUGGAUCAAGCUCUAACAUUUAUGCAAAGCCUGGGCUCGGCGAUGGGUGUUUCGCCUCCACAAUUCCCUCCGGCCCCACUUGUUCGUCGUGCAGAAACUCCUCCUACCGUAAGUGGUUUUGACUCCUAUCGAGUUUCGGAAUGUCUUAGUGACUUAGCAUUAACCUAGAUUUACUUAAAAAUAAUAUCUUAUGAUACAUCUACAAUGACUUAGAA